GGCCCAACCUCCGCUGCGGGAAAGACGGUGGAGCCGGGAUGGUGAGGUCUGGGAGCCGUCCCGCCCAGGUGACCACCCUUUACUGCUUGCUUUGGAGGAUGAAGGUGCCCAGUCCUACGAGGCAUUCCACUCUCGUCGCUGGCAGGGUCUAAGAGUCAGAGUCCCUGAGUUCUAGCCCCUUCACUUGCAUUAACGUCGCGUGACCUAGACCCCCUCUUUUUAAAUCUGAGCCUCAGUUUCCCCUUCCGCAAAAUAGAAGAGGGUUGGAUCUGUCAAGUGCUAAUAUUCCAGACCGUAAUGGGGUUCGGAGAAGGGGGAGAUGAGGGGCCUACACGUGACCUCCCCGCGUAGGGCCCCGCCUAUCCCUGGUCCUGGGGAUGGAAGCGCCUAGCGAAGACCGGCGGGGUGGGCGGAUCCUAAGAAACCCGACCCGGCCGCCCUUGGCAGCGGCUAAGGCGGAUCGCGAGGCUCCGCGGCCGGCUAGCCCUGGCUAGGGUACUGGAGGAGGAUGGGGACCGCAACUUGGACUUCGCAGGUGGCUACUAUGGAGGCGAGGGCUGCGCAGAGAUUGGGCGUGUAACUAGGAGGGCACCUGGGGAAGAUGGAGCGGGCGGGAGACUGCUAACAGGGCUCCCUCUCCGCGCCAACCCGCAGAAGCGCACGUCGUGUGUCCUGAGUGGCUCUGUCGACCGAAGCUGCCGCGCCAAGCUCCCCUCAAGCCAUGAGGAGUGCGCGGGCCGCCCGGCCCGGAGACGCCGUCGGGGCUGGCUGCGUCCUGCUACGGUGAGGACGUGAGGCUGAGAGGGGCGCAGGCGGCUGGGCUGCGCGGGAGAGCAGCGCCAUGGCGAAGGAGGAGUGCAAAGCGCUACUGGACGCGCUCAACAAGGCGACCGCAUGCUACCACCACCUGGUGCUGACCAUUGGCGGCUCAGCGGACUCCCAGAACCUACGAGAGGAGCUGCAGAAGACACGACGGAAGGCGCAGGAGCUGGCGGUGACCAUCCGCGCCCAGCUGACUGCCCCGCUGCGCGACCGGGGCCUGGGUGCAGAGGAGCGCGCCGAGUUCGAGCGCCUCUGGGUGGCUUUCUCCGGCUGCCUGGACCUCCUGGAAGCUGACAUGCGGCGUGCGCUGGCCCUGGGCACCGAGUUCCCUCUGCACGCGCCGCGGCGGCCGCUCGUGCGCACUGGGAUGGAAGGCGGCGCAACGGGCGUAGCGGCGCGCGCCCUGAGCGUCCGCAGCCUGCGGCACGAAGCGGAGCGGGACUUCGACGUGGAAGACCUGCACCAGCUGGAGCGGGAGAUCCUUCAGGUGGGCGAAAUGAUCCAGGACAUGGAGAUGAAAGUCAACGUGCCACGCUGGACCGUGCAGGCCCGGCAGGCGGCGGGCGCCGAGCUCCUCUCUAGCGCUAGCGCGGGCGUGUCCUCUGUGGGCGGCGUGUCCAUAGAACAACGCACCGGGCCCUGCGACCUGAGCAAGGCCCUGGCUGCCACCAUCUUCAGCGCCGUGCUGCUGGCGGCUGUGGCCUUGGCCGUGUGCGUGGCGAAGCUGAGCUGACCUGCACCCGACGGCCCCCCAACGCUACCGCUCCCUCCCUGGAGGCACCCCUCCAAGAACAACUGCGACUGCCAGGACUAGGGGUGGGAGUGGGAUGUGGCAUGUUUCAGGGGAGCUGUUCUCGUGCCUGUACGUGUAGGUAUAGGCACGUUUCAAGCACACAUUUGCUGGGACAGAACAUGGCUUCCUCUUGCUGGCCCCGGAAGAGUUAAUUUUGCGCGGGCCAGCAGGGCAUUAUCGCUAAUGUAUGCAGGAGCUUUAUCCCCUAUUAAUAGAAAACCGUCCACAGUGACCCGAGAUUCCUCCAAGUUAAUAGGUUACCGCCUGUGCUGCUGGGGCGUGUUUACACUGAAUCUGGGCUUGAUCCUCUCGCCCCUGUCAGUGAUUCCCAUUCUCUGAGUGGGGCAGUUGGGGGGGGGGAGGUGAAAUGAAGUGUUGAGAAGGGGGCUAUUUUGAUGUGUGUGUGUGUGUGUGUGUAUUGGUUUUGUUUCCUGGACAAGAAACAAAUUGCAAAAAGAUGUAAGCAGUUGUUAUUACCUUAAUCCUAAGCUUAGGAAAGUGUGCAAAUAGAAGUUCAGGCAAAAUGCUUUCCAAUACACACUUCUGCACACAGUUGCCUAUUGAAGAGGGCUCUGCCCAGUCAGCCUGGGAGGGGCUCAAGCUUUGGGAAGGGCCACAGGCUGUCUAAACAGGCACUUUCUCCUUGGCUGGAGCUUAUUUUUGUUCCAGAACUAGACCAGAGUUUUUGAUCCUCCUUUGGGGGAGGGCUGGGGAAUCCUCUUUGGAGCCCUUAAUCCUGUCUAUCCCUUGGAAUUUGCUUGCUGACCCGUAGCAGAGCUGGCUUUGGAGGGAGCUGCACAGCUCCCUGACCCUGACACUGCCCUCUGAGAGGGUCAAGUGGCAUCACUGGGCACAGAGGUUUUGAGCCAGUUAGCCCUGAGACUGGGUUAGUAUGUAGCAGCUCUAACUUCAAAUGUAAGAAGUUUAAAAAAAAAAAAAUCAUCAUUUGAAAGAAAAAGCACAUUUGCACAUUGUACACUUACUGUCAAACCUGAUAUUUAUAAAGGACAUUUGGCCACAAAUUCAUGCUGGUGCCAAGGAA